AUGCGAAGUGUACUUGCCUUUCGACGUAUGAGAUACGGUCAUUACAAAUAUCCGAAAGUAUUGAAAGUUAUAAGUGAUAGACAGAUAUUAAAUACGUAUAUCGAUGAAAACCCGAAAUUUGAUGAGGCAUUAGUCCCUGGAAAUGAAAUUGAAGAAGAAAAUGCAGCAAAAUUGGUAAGUAUUGCUUGCUAUGAUCGUGCUGGAAUACCUUUUCCAGGUUUUCUAUGCCCUCUGAUAAAAAUUAUGGCGCAUCAAUAUGGAAAUUGGCGUAGUAAGAUAGUGGAAAAUUCAACCUGUGAAGAUUUGAUGGAUUUAAAUACUCAUCCAUGCGAUCAUAAUGUUAGUUCGUGCGUUUUAUUGGCAUUACCGAAUAGCCAUCUCAUUUUGGGUUGCAUGGAUGAUCAUACAGGAAAAUUUGUUGCACCACAAAAAUGGGCUGGAAGUAAUAAAAAAUAUGCGAAUUAUUUAUUUGAUUUUAGAGUUGACAAUCCACUACAUCUUUCACAACAAUGCAGAAAAUAUAAGGAUGGACGACCAGUAUGUCUAAGAAAUAAUUUAUUUUAUCGGAAAUUUCCAAUUCUUCAACAAUUUACAUGUUGUUGUAAAGGAGAUUUUUGUGCCGAUAUGCUCUUCGACCAGAUGAGUGGUGAAACAUUCAUCGGGUAUAUUUCUAAGCUGGUAGAUGUGAGCAAUAAUAAAGUAGCCGAUAGAACAUAUUUAAAACUAAAAUAA